AUGAAUUGGACCGGAGGCAAACUCUUCCGCCACUCUUUCAAAGACAAGAACACACUCAAAGCCCGCGAGAGGCUACAUUUUGCCAAAGUAAAGAGGCUGGCUCACAAGAAUCGCAGAGAGGUUGCAUCUCCCUCCAGAUUACCAGGUUCAACGCCAGUAUUCGCGCAGAGGCAACAAGAAAACGGGCAUUCCGAGCCCAUCGACCACAGUCCUUACUUCGGAACGCAAGCGAGAAUCACGAGCAAAAAGCAUAAGCCACAGUCGCAUACUAGACAUCUAAAUGCCCUCUCGCCAACUAAAGAAGAUAGCCAUCUAUUCUCUGAAAUAAACACCCUUCCUAGCUCACAAACAGACAAACUGGAUGACCUACGCCGCAGGCUCCUCCAGAAAAGCGAUUGGGCCAGCAUCUCCAUUUCUCGCCCACUUAACGUGCAUUUUACGACGGAGGAGGAAAGGUACAAUUAUGGCAGAAGACGACCUUUGACAAACGCAGACCGGCAAAGGCUGGUAUCGACAGAGAAGCGGCGAGCUCCCAUCUUCCAACCUUACGGGUGGCCAUCAAAAGGACGGAAGAAACGGGGGAUGGAGGACGACGUCUCAACGCAGCCAAAUAUCGAUGACAUCAGUAUCCGAAUUCAUGAACACAAGGUAACAGAGUUGACACCGCGACUCCCAAGCGUGAGUCAUGUUGGGAGCCGUCUUUCGUCUGAAUCGAUGCUGCUUGAUAGGGAAGAGAGUUUCGACGGUGAUAUGAUGGAUUCAUCAUCAAUCCUUGUGAAUCCAAGAAGCAGUGGAACUCUGGGUACGCUGGGAUUGCAAGAUAGCAGUACUUUGCCAGCUGCACGCAAUCCAAUGCUACACGAAGGAGAACAGACACAUAUAGAUGAUAGCUCCGCCAAGUUUCCGGUGUUGAAUAGACAAGGUCUAUUCGCUACUCAUGGCUAUCAGACUAGGUACAUUCCACCUAUCGCCGACUCCGCAGGCCCCUGGCAGUAUUCGACACAGGAGGAGUUUCCAUUUGAUAUCCCUGGCCUCGAAAUGAAAUCCCCGGUGGAGGAGCCGAUGAGAGAGCAAAAUAAUUCCUUUUUCAAUGAAAGGAAUGAAAUAUCAAGUGCGACUAAAUCAGAUAACCGCAUAGGCAGAAGGCUAUCCGCAAAUCCGGCGAAAUCACCUAGGCGCGUCUUCUUUGGACAACGAGUGGAAGAGAAGCCGAAUGACUACCCCAACGCGGACGAUAUCUGGAAGCGGCUAAUCUUCAAACAACGGGACGAAACCAAUAAGCCAAACGAAAUGUUGAUCACUGAUUUAUAUAAUGAUUUUUAUAAACGAAGAAAUACCGUCGACGUAGAAGAUACGAGUAGCAUCAACGAAUCAAAGGGGUUGGACGACAAUAUCAAUAUCGCCACAGAUGUAUCGGUAAACAGCGAAGUAUUCCCAACUGCAGAAAACACUCCGUUACACUGCGCGGCCUCCCCGGGUGAUGGUGAAGAAGUCCCAUCGGAAACAGAUUUCCUAUCCCAGUUCAGUCCGAUGGAAGGAUAUAUUGACGAGUAUCUCAGCGUGAUGUCGAUGCAUAACAACGCUGCGAAAUCAAACAAUUCGAUUUGCUUAGCAUCCCCAGAAGGAAAUUUCAGUAAUCACGAUAGCUUGGAGGCGUCCGGAACCCCCGACCAAGCGCCGGGCUUUAGCCAUGAGAGGGUGACUCGCUUCCCAGCGACGUCUUCUCUUGAUCCUUCAUCCUCCAAUGUUUUCAAUAGGCAACAGUUGCCUACUGAUAGAAUGUCCUAUAUGCCCGGUUAUUCAGCAGCCUAG